GGGCACGUGACCAAAACAGAGUCAUGGCGGCGUCCGCUGCAGUCCGGUCGAGCAUGGGGCUGACUUUGAGGCUUUCCCGAAGUAUCCCGGACUGUAGCACGUGUCCUCUGUACAGACUAGUGAGCUAUUUAAACAACAAGUCUAAUUUACAGAGGAGGGGCUCCUUUGAUAGUUUCCGGAUGAUAAAUCGGCAUUUACAGACGAGUAUAGGUCUGCACAAGAGUGAGGAGGGUAGCUCCAACGCUGAGGAGCCAGACGAUGUGGUCAAUGUGGUGUACAUAGACCGGACUGGUCAGAGGAUCCCAGUUAAGGCCAGAGUGGGUGAUAACAUCCUUUAUCUGGCUCACAAACAUGGCAUUGAACUGGAAGGGGCCUGUGAGGCAUCACUUGCCUGCUCAACAUGUCAUGUUUAUGUGAAUGCUGAACAUUUUGACAAGCUCCCAGAACCCGACGAGAGGGAGGAUGACAUGCUGGACAUGGCGGCCAUGCUUCAAGAGAACUCCCGACUGGGGUGCCAGAUCGUUCUCACUCCGGAGAUGGACGGCAUUGAGCUCACCCUGCCCAAAGUUACCAGGAACUUCUAUGUGGAUGGCCAUGUUCCCAAACCUCACUGAGACGAGGAACAGAUAAUGAAGAGAUUGGGAUUGGAGAAAGGUGUCACUUUGAGCGAGGCAUUACAUAUGCUGGUUGGGCGAUGGGGGUGACCGUGAAGAGAUACGCAGCGAGGAUAGUGACGUCCAUGGCAACCCCCAAAAAUAUCAUACCUACCGACAGAUUCUGCAGCCGAACAAACGUCAAGACAGGCCUGCAGAUGACAACCAGGCUCAGUCGGACUCCACACUGGCUUCACAGGGGUUGAUAUUAAUGGUUACUCGAAAGCGAAACUUUGAUGUAUUUAUUUAUAUGGAAUGUUCUCAGGCUCUCUUUAUGACAUCAUUCGAUCUCUGUCUGUUCAUUGUCCAAACACCAGACGACUGAAGAAACACCGCAGAGCAAAGUCAGUGUCUCUCUGCCGAUCAUAGAACAUUCCUUUUACAGCUACAGCUCAUAUACGCACAAUUUUCACAGGAUGUUGUUGAUAAUUUUGACCAGUCCAUUAUCACACCGAGUCACUAGUGGGACAUCGUAUACAAAAGUUCAUUUAAACAUGUUGCAGUUUUAACCAAGUUAGCCAAAAGUCGUAAACGUAACAAGAGUUUUCCUACAAGUGGCUCUGUCUCAACAGAGGGGCCGUACAACUUGAUGAAGUGUCUUUGAUGUUUAAAGACCAUCUCUUUGCAAGAUUAAACUGAAUUCAAGACUUUGAAACUUCAGUCAUCAUCCCUAGAAACAUUUCAGAAACAUUUAGGUUUUAAGAAAUUUCAUUUGAAAGCACUCCCUCACUGGUGAGGGUAAUAAAAGCUUGUUUGGUUCAUCGGGUUCAGGUGUGCUGUGAGCUAAGAAGGAAGUUGGUGAGUUUCAUGCCAUCACCUGAUGAGUUCACAUCUGUCCCCAACCCAAGUGUACUGUACUUGUCCAACAUACGCACAAAUGUAUCUUAAGUUCUUUUAUUCAAAGACGUGCAAUAAAAUCUAAUUAAAAUCAAAAUUCAAUUUGACAGUUGUCAACUGUUUAUGCUAAUUGGCAAGCUUUUUUCCCAGUUUUGAAUUCAGCAUCAAACAGGGAGCUUGUCGAUGAACCAGGCUCACAAAUGCAAUCUAGCAAACCCAAAACAGCUGCGUAAGUCGACAUAGCAACCAGCUCCCCUGGUUUGUGGUCCCAGCCCAAAAACGACCCACCGAUGGCCGAUGCUGAAGAUUCAUGGUGAGCAACCUGCUGCAGCAUGAGCGUUGGACCAAAAACAGAUGCUGUCUUCAUCCAGGACAAUAACAAAGUUGAGCAAGAUGAUUCCCCUUCAGCACUCUUCUUUCUUUUUCAAGAAGUUUCAAAACUAGCGUCACCUAUUGGUAACACUUGCCUGAACUCAAAUCCAUCCGCACAGUUGCUUUAUGAGGCCGCUACAGACAAUAAUUUCAUGAAUAAAAAGGAAGCAGUAGAUGAGCCCUCAUUCCAAACCUUUUAUAACUCCUGUCAACAAAAGUUGCCUCAUAUGUUGCCAUGUAAUCGCAUGAAAACUAUUGGGGACGAUAUUUGUAACAGCAAGGCAACGGUUUUGGAUCAGACACGUACAUGCAACAGCCCCUUGAAGGUGCUGAGCCUGAUCAACCUGCACUGUGAGAAGCUCCUUCAUCAGAACGUUGAUGACUUUGGCUCAGGUUUGCUGCAGCUGGGCCGCUCGACAUCCGCAACGGUAGCUGCAGGGCCAGAUGGGAAAGAUGGUGGAGCUGGGGGGGCAAAGGAGGGUGCAGAGUGGGCUUUAAGGCCGUGUCUUUGUCUCUGCGAGAGACGAGAACAAGAAACCACCGCCUCCGUCAGCCCUGUUGGAUGUGUGAGGGCGAGCUGUGCUGGAGACGGCGAAAGGUUGCAGGGCUGUGUGAACGGUGCGGACGGUGGCUGUGGUGUGUGUCCGCAUGCUGGUGACAGCUUACGCUCUGUUCAAGCAAAGCUUCUGGAAGAGCUUGAAAAAACAUGCCUGCAUCCCCAAAAUGUUCACAGAGAGGAGGUCAAGUUCAGCGCCAAAAAAACAAAAUGGAGCCAGGAGUGUAUGGAAGACUGCUCUUCUUCUAACAAAGAUGCUAUGAGUUGGCCCCCCCUUGAAAAUUCUCUGUACCAAACGCACACAGACAACGCAUGUCCAAAUAGCCAGCUAACUGUAAGUUCUGACGGCGAGGGAAAGAAAGUACUGAAACUAGACCAAAACGCAAACAUUAGUUUGUUUACAGACACCCAGCAGGCCCCUCUAAGCACAGUUCUGCUCUCCUCACCGUCGACGUCUCUCGCUGCGACGCUCUCAAAAGAUGACAACGCAUUCACUGCAUCUCAAACGCCCCCCCGAGUGGCUCAGCUAAAAUCCUCAAGCUGCGACGGGUCCUCCGGAGCAUCAGGGCCAGAUGUUUCAGUGGCGACAAAGGAGGAAAGCGAUCCACUUUGUGCUCGAAAGUGGAAAACCAAGACUCCGCGAAAACAACCUCACCCCUCCCGCAGUGCUGACGUCCAAGACCCAGACUUCCAGGGUGUGACGUUCAGGAUGGACACGGAGGUGGACGACACCAAGGAGCAGUGUCGUCUCCUCAUAACUUCAAAGUACAGCAAGGAGCUCAGCAAGCGUGUAAGAAAACCAAGGCCGAGGACACGGAUGUUGCAGAGAUCGCUUAAAACCAGCAGCUCAGAUGAAGAGAAUGAGCUGACGACUAAUGUUAAGGGGAAAGUCUGCGCUUCAUGCUGCACCAGGAAAACCCCCAUGUGGAGAGAUGCAGAGGAUGGGACUCCUCUCUGUAAUGCUUGUGGGAUAAGGUAUAAGAAGUACAGAGUGCGCUGUGUCAGCUGCUGGCAUAUCCCUCGGAAGGAGAGCAACUCCAACUCGUGCUGCCUCAAGUGUGGAAACUUUGUGAGGCUGACCUCAGCUCCGCGGAAAUACACCACUUAGAAAGUGUACACAUAGAGGGUUUUAUGUCCAUUUGGGAUGGAAGAUGUAUCAGAGUUCUUUCCAGUUCAGCUCGAUAUGAGAAAAUGUGUGAAAAAAAAAAAAAAAAAAAAAAAGUAAAAGAAGAAAAUGUAAAAUGCUCCCCUUCAAGUUUCCCUGUUUGUGCUCCAUGAUCAUUACAGACACCAUUUGUUGUUUCCUCCCCAUCUCACUGAGGGGGGACUUUAUGUGAGGCUGAGACAGCUUUUGUAGCAGAGCUGAAAAAUUAUUCCGGACAAAUAAACAGGAAACUGAAGGGCUGCUGUCACACACACGCACACACACAAACACAGAUACUAAUUGGGUGGAAAGUUUAGCCAAGAUUGUUGACAUUUUUCACCUAAAUGGCUUCAGUGUCUCUACUGCAGGGUGGCCAGCUGUGUCGCCCGUGUACAGGUUCACUUUUAUUAACAGCAAAACAAUUUACUGCCUUUGACUCGUGCCUUUUGCUCAGUUCAGGAACUAAGUGCAUAUUUGACUUUUUUAGUUGUCGUUUGUCUUGUGAUUGCAUAUGUGGGAUUUAUUACAUUUUGGUGAUGUUUGUGUUUCUGGUCCUUAAAUUGGGGCACUGAUUUUUGUCUUUAAGGUUUUUGUGUGAGUUUGCAUGGGUUUUCUGUCUGUAUAAAAUUAAUUAAGAAACAUUUCAA